CGUUUUACUCGAUUGAAGAGUUUUCUUUGUUCGGUAGCAUCAAGUUAAUUCUGCUCCAUCUUCAAUCUCCUUCAUUUCUUUUGCUGUUACACAAAAUUAAUUAAUGACAAACAAUUAUUACAUUGAAGCUAAAAGACGAACUUCUAAUCAGCAUCUCUAUAUGAUGUCAAUGGCAUCAUAUGAAAUUCAAGUGUUUUUUUGUAGAAUCAUCACAUUUUGUCAAAACCAUGGCUGAAAAAUCGGAAGUUCUCGUAACGAAAGAAGAGAAGAUCGCCGAAGCAAAGGAAUUAUUCGGUCGGGGCAGUCGAAACUAUUGUAUGAAACAGUACUCGGAUGCUGCUGACGAUCUAAGCUCCUGUUGCACUAUUUACUCUGAACUAUAUGGACCAACUGCUGCGGAAUGUGGCGAACCAUAUCUAGUCUAUGCUAAAGCUUUGAUUGCACUAUCUAAAGAGGAGAACAAUCUGCUUGUUCCGGAAGAGGGUGCUGAAGGGGAGGACGAUGGUGCAGAUGAUGAUGAAGAAGGAGGUGAAGAUGAAGGUGAGGAUGAAGGUGAAGAUGGUAAUGAAGAAGAAGAAGAAGAAAAGGAAAAACAGUCGGAAGAAGCUGGAGAAAACACAGAAAAAACUUCGAAUGAAAACAAGGAGGCAACAAAAGAUGAAAAUCCUACUGCUUCUUCUACUUCGGUAGAAAAUGAACCCCAGCCUGGCCCGUCAACUUCAAACGGUACUGAACAACACGAAGAAACUGAGGAGGGUGAAGAUGAAAAAGGUGGAAGCAGCCUGCAAGUGGCCUGGGAGAUACUUGAGUUGGCUGUAAAAAUUUUCGAGGAUCAAGCAGAUAAAUCACCAACUAAUUUGUCUGAAUGCUAUAUGGAACUUGCGAAUAUAUCUUUCGAGAAUAGUAAUUACUCUCUGGCAGUCAAUGAUUACAAAAAAUCACUCGAAAUAUACGGAAAGAUCGGUGAACCCAACAGUCGUCUUAUAGCAGAAAUUGACUAUAAAGUUGGAUUGUGUCAUAUGAUGCUGAACGAAUUCCCGGAAUCAAUCAAAUUUUUCCGAGAAGCUUGUGCCGAGUUGAGUAAAGUUAUUGAGCAAGAAAAAGCCAAGGAGCAGACUGAGGAAACAAGGGCCACUAUUAAGGAUCUGGAGGAAACCAUGCAGGAAAUCAUUGAAAGAAGUCGAGAGGUCGAGGAAACUACAAAAACGUCAAUCGAGGAACUCAAACGUGAGCUAUCGAAAAUCAUCGUCAAAACGGGAACCGCGAAUGGUACUGAAGUGCCCGGAGAACUUGUUUCGUCAUCUUCCUCGAGUAACGGAGUUUCUUCAGGAUCAAAAGCUGCUGACAAGCCGAAUGAUAUUUCGCAUCUUAUUAAGCGGAAGAAACCAGAUACCACCGAAACCGAAGUUGAAGGAUCACCAGCAAAAAAGACUGCAGUCGAGGCGGAGGAAGUUAGCGAAGGAGUUUGAUUGGAAUAAUCUGUUUUCCACUUUUCAAACUGUUUCCAGUCACAUUUUGUUUGUUUUUUUUUUAAAGUGAACAUGUUACUUGAAGUAAAUGUGUUAUUUUUUUACUCAUAAUUCAGUUAUCUCAGUGCAGUUUUGCAUAGACACAUGAUUCAAAAUUAGUUCGUAUUUUCCUAACAUAUAAGUCAACAGUAAUUUAUCGAAA